AGGGAAGUAUGAGGUACAGGGGCAGCCAGGGGUAUGAAAGUUGCAGGAGUCCAGACCCUGUUUUGAAAAUAAUAUGUUGCGCUUCAGCCAAGAAGUGGUGCUGCUGCUUUCUUCCAGCUGCAUGGUUUUGUAAUGCAAAUUUACUGGGAAAAGAAAAAAAUAAAAGGCAGUCUUCUAAACUGGAAUACAGUUCAAAAUCCAUAGUAGAAAAAGCCCGUAUCAUUAAAAGGAAAAGGAAGACUCAAGGAAAUAGGAGAACUGGAAUAUAAUGCCAGAGAAGAAUUUUCUAUUUUUAUAAUAUAUAAAGGCCAUAGUGUUAAGAAUUCACUUUCAGCACACAAUUUGCAGUAGUACUUUUGCUUCGGAUUUAUCAUAGAAGGAAAAAGUCAGAUACUGUACAAUUUGUUGAACACGAACUUUUGCUCCCACAAAGUUGGAUCUUCACAAUAUUUUAACCUUAACAGAACAUCAUACAUUUUAUGGGUUUUUAACUUUCUUUUUCAGUCUCCAAAGUUAGUAAACUUUGUAUGGUUAUAAGUUUAGUUGACAGACUGUUUUGAUAGAUGGCCAACAGCUGUGAAAGGAAGUCGAUACCAUUAUGCUGUCUGAACAGAAUGCUAUCACUUUAAGGAAAUUCUCUUAAGUCCUCCCUUUUGCCUUGUACGCAUCAUAUUCUUAAGUAUUUUAAUGUGCAAAUAGCUUGGUUUAUACACAGUUAAACUUGUUUUUUUAAAUAAUGGCCUGGGCAAAAUUUUUACGGAAACCUGGAGGUGGUAACCUUGGAAAAGUGUACCAGCCUGGAAGUAUGUUAUCUUUGGCCCCUACCAAAGGUUUAUUAAAUGAACCAGGACAAAACAGUUGCUUCCUUAACAGUGCUGUACAGGUUUUAUGGCAGCUUGACAUAUUCCGACGGAGUUUAAGAGGUUUAACAGGGCAUGUUUGUCAAGGAGAUGCCUGCAUAUUUUGUGCAUUAAAGACUAUAUUUGCACAGUUCCAACACAGUCGGGAAAAAGCACUCCCAUCAGAUAAUAUGAGGCAUGCCCUGGCUGAAAGCUUUAAAGAUGAACAGCGUUUUCAGCUUGGAUUGAUGGAUGAUGCAGCAGAAUGCUUUGAAAAUAUACUUGAGAGGAUUCAUUUCCAUAUAGUUCCAAGUAGUGAAACGGAUAUGUGCACAUCUAAAUCCUGCAUUGCUCAUCAGAAGUUUGCUAUGACACUAUAUGAACAGUGCGUGUGCCGCAGUUGUGGGGCAUCUUCAGACCCCUUGCCUUUCACAGAAUUUGUGCGUUACAUUUCUACAACUGCCUUGUGCAAUGAAGUUGAUAGAAUGAUGGAAAGGCAUGAACGCCUCAAGCCAGAAAUGUUUGCAGAAUUGCUACAGGCAGCAAAUACCACUGAUGACUUCAGAAAAUGUCCUAGUAACUGUGGUCAAAAAAUAAAAAUCCGUCGUGUUCUCAUGAACUGUCCCGAGAUUGUCACAAUUGGUUUAGUCUGGGAUUCGGAACAUUCUGACCUGACAGAAGAUGUUAUGCGGAAUCUGGCAACACAGCUUUAUCUUCCUGGGUUGUUCUAUAGGGUUACAGAUGAGCAGGCUAAAAAUGCUGAGCUUUAUCUUGUGGGGAUGAUUUGCUAUGCAAGCCGACAUUACUGUGCCUUUGCCUUUCAUACUAAGAGCUGCAAGUGGGUCCUGUUUGAUGAUGCUAAUGUGAAAGAGGUUGGAACAAAAUGGAAAGAUGUGGUCUCCAAGUGCAUUCGAUGUCACUUUCAGCCAUUGUUGCUAUUUUAUGCUAACCCAGAUGGUACAGCUGUAUCCACAGAAGAUGCACCUAGACAGAUCAUUCAUUCUCACUACAAAUCGGCAGCAAGAAAUGGGGAAGACUUAGGUUUUGAAAAACCAGCUGUUCCAAAGUUGGAUCACACAAGAGAUAAUGGAUGUGGAGAGCCUCCAAAUCAAAAGGGCAAUAAAAAAUUUCAGCCUGAAAACGUCAGUUUCAGCAGAGCUCAUGUUCAGGCUAGUGGUGGUAAGGGACCAGUUAAGUUAGGGCACCAAGAUCAAAAGGACAAGUUCAAGGAUAUAUCCAGAGAAUGUGCUCAGAAGGCAGUUGAUAUGAGAAACGUUCAGUCCUCCCUAAGGAAAGAUGCAGACAGAGGACCAAAAAAAGACUCUGGGAGACAAAGAGAUCUAAUUGGAGAAGACCGCUCUCACAUUAAGUCGGGAUCGCCUCCUGUUGGGAAUGGAUUUAGACAAUAUGCUGACCAGCGCAUUUAUAGUAGCCGGGGAAGAGGACUUUACAAACAUGAAAGUAUACCACAUGAACCCAGACUGCCUUCACAGGUACUUGGGUCAAAUAAAACAGAAGCUUUUCUUGCUGUGGAAAAAGGGAUGAACAGAUCUAGGAUUGACAAUACCACUGGCUAUGAAACAGAUAGCAGCCAAGAUUCUAGGGACAAGGGAAGUGUUGUCAGCAGCAGUAGAAGCAAAAGCAAAGCUUGGAAGCCUAUGCGAGAGACAUUAAAUGUGGACAGCAUUUUCAGCGAGACUGAAAAAAAGCAACAUAGUCCAAGACAUAAGGCAAAUCAAAGCAAUAAAGCUAAACAGGAAAAGGAGCAGAGCUUUAAUAAGUGGCCAAAAGAAAAUCAAACCCAGAAGAGUUUAAUGACCAUUUAUGAAGAUGAAACAAAACAGGAGACGGGGAGUCGAAGCUCUCUGGAUUCUGAUGGAAAAGGGAAUCUGGAGAAAGGAAAAGGAUUUACAGAAAGAAAAGUCCAUGGUGACAACUGGCAAAUACAAAGGACUGAAUCUGGAUAUGAAAGCAGUGAUCAUAUCAGUAAUGGAUCUGCCACUCUGGAUUCGCCUGUCAUUGAAGGAACCAACCCAAUGGAUACCCGAGGUGUUAAAGAAACUGUUUCCUUCAGUGACCUGACUCCAUCAGCCAAAAAACCUGAAAAUAUGUUGCAGUCUACCUCUCAGCAGAACAGGAACUAUUUUGAGGACUUGAGAAAAGACCAGAUGAGUACAGAAGUUAAUUACAGACCUCAUAAUAAUUUCCCAUCAGAAUCACAGGUACACAGUCCUCCAAUGAGAAGGAUUGAGAUACCUGAGAGUAAUUGGAAAUUUCUUCCUUCAUCGACUCUACAGCCAACUCAUAAGGACAAUGUUAAGCGAGAGACUAGAAUCAAUAAGCUAUAUGAACAAAGUUCUUCAGAGUGGCUUAAUUCAGAUAAACUUGAGAAGACAGCCAUGCAAGUGUGUUUUGCUGACGGCUUACCCCAUUCUUGUAAUACUGAAAAUGAACCUCUCUGUGGAAAGAGGCUGAAUAGCAGUGAAUUUCUCUUACCUUCUCAGCUGCAGGCUCCUAGUACUAGAAGUGCUACAUCAAAGGCAGGGCUGUCAUCUUUUGCACCCCAGAGCACAUUGGAGCAAUGCAAUGUGAUGCCAUUUUCAUCUGGUGUACGUACAGUUCAGUCAUUUGGUAGGACUGAUCAUCUUUGGGUCCCAGAAGCUGUUUACCAAAAUCUUCCACCUCCUUUACCUCCAAAGAAAUAUGCUCGGAACUUUUUGUCAGGAACAGAAAGUAAUGAACCUCCAUGUGAUGUAAAGUCAACAGGAUUCAUGCUUGUUAAUCCUUCAGAUUUUCAGAGGCAAAGUACAGGUACAGCUUCAACUGCACCAGAAGCAGGUGUAUGUACAAAUGAAGACAGACUUAAAGAAGCAUUUCAAGGAAAGGAGCCUUCUGUUCACAAACCAGAUUUUUCAGCUGGCCCAUCAGUUAAUGAUUUUCAGACUCUGUCUGCUAAUCUUUUAAGUAAAGGAUCAUGCCACACAGGACCAAGUGCUAAUUCUCCAGAUGCAAAUGAUAGUGUAUCUCUAACUACAUAUUUUUCAGUAGAUAGCUGUAUGACUGAUACAUACAGGAUGAAAUAUCACCAGAGACCCAAACUGUAUUUCGCAGAUCCUGGUAGUUUCCACAAAGAAUUGGGCACUGCUUACCACAGUACUGUUGAUUCCAGUCAUCCUGCAUCCGAACAGAGAUACAGACCGCAUAUGGAAAGUAUACACUGCAAUAGGUAGAGAAAGUAAAUCAUGGAUUUUAUCCAUACAUUUCAUGUGGGCAAAAAGCUUGGACUCCUCAGUGUGUGCUAACAGGUACUAUAUUUCAUUUAGAAGUUAUGGCUGUUAACAUGAUUAUGCAAAUAUGAACGAGCUGGAGAAAAGACAUGCUAAGGUUUGGUCUUUUGAUCUUGGAUUUGUCAUUUUUUGCCUUAAUGUUUACCUCUGUCUUGCUGAUAUAUAUUGAGAAAGUGAGUGUCUGUUACACUUUGAUAUUUUAAUCCAUAACUGGCCCCUUUCUAAAUUUUGUACAGUUAAUUGCAUUUGGCACUAACCAGGUGUUACAAAUUUUUCCUGGAAGAUUUAAUAUACUUAUUGCUUGGUGCCCGCAGACCAAGGGAAAAGUGGUUUUGGGUUUGUUUGUUUUUUUUAAAUUAAGCUGUAAUUCCUUAGACUGUUCAGAGGGAUACACUAACUACAGGACCAUGUAUAACACAGUGUGCAUAUAUACAUAACCAAAAUAGUAUUUGUUUAUGGAAGCGUUUUUUGUAGUGGAUAACAAUGGGAGUUAACAUUUAUUUUUCUUCUGACUUCUGUGAGAGUCUAAUUCCAUUAACCUUUAAGUGUCUUUUAAUACAAGUUUACCCAGAUAAUUUCUCCUUACUUUUUGGAAAUGCCUUAAAAAUGAGAAGACUUAACACAUUUCUCCAGUCUAUAAGAACUGUAGAUAAAAACUCUACAUCUUAAUAUUUGUAUACAAUUUUUUUAACCUAAUAAUGGUUUGCACUUCUAACCCCUAAUCAGGAAGAGCAGACCAGCUGCAGAUACUUCCUCAGCCUGAUUAAGGGUGUUUGUACCCAAAAGCUUGCAAAGAAGAAUUUUUCCAACUAUUUUAAUUGAUCUAAUAAAAAAAUAUCAGAUUUGCCCAAAGAACCUUGCCAACCUUUAGUUGUGGUUCCACAAGCAAUGAUAUAAUAUUUAUUAGAAUUCAGCUACAAAUUUCCUAGUGUAUGGCAAAAUGAUGUGAUGCAUAAACUACUAAAAGCAGGAGGCUUUAUUUUCAUUGCAACUGAGGCAGAUUCCAUAACAGUCAUGAUCUUACUGUUAAGACUGAUUCUAUGACUAUACAAAAUUAACUGCACUAUGCACUGAACUCUCUGCAUCUACUUCUACCUUCCCUCUUGAAAAGUUACCGCUAGAAUUUAGCAAAAUUGAGUCAUCUGAUUUACUGCGACAGUUUUUUUCCAACUAGCAGUCAUUAACUCCCAAGCACUUUUUAGUUAUUUCAUUAAUUGAGUAAAUCUACAGUUGCCUUAAAAGGGUUUUAUUUGACUCUUGACCAUUUAGACCUGCUCAGAACCCAGCUUCGCUUAAGUCUGUUAUUGCUUCAAAUCAUUUCUUGUUCAUGAAAUUACUGUAACUUGUCAUGAUCAGCAACAUUUUAUGAUUCUUAAACGAGUACUUGGGAGCUCAUAGUCCUCCCAAACUUAAAGUAUUUAUUUUGAUCUUAAACUAAAAUUUUGCUGAUGGCACUUGUGUUAAUGCCUUUAGUUCCAAAACUGAACAUUACAAAGUGCAUUGGUUUAAAAACCUGCUCUAUGACUUAAGACUAUAGUCAGAAAAGCUUUUUUGUUUAAUGUGAAUUACAGUGCUUUAACCAAAUGCUGACAGUUGUUUUAGUGCACUUAUCCAAGGUCUACGCUUAAAACGGAAGUUUUGGUGUCUUAACUUUAAUUCUUUAACCUAAGACUUGUAACUUUUAGUAUAACUGGAAUAUGACAUGCAGCAGACCAAAUAUCUCUAACCAGUCCAUUUAGACCCAUCCUCCUGCUCAAAACCCACAGUAGUACUUGCAAGAUUGAAUACAAUAUGGAUUCCAGAAUGAAUACAUUCUGCAUGCAGAGGCAUAAAUGGUAGUGAAAUCUGAAAAAUCCUUAUUUUUAUAUAGGAUGUGUGAAGACUGGAAAAUUCCUAGAACUUAAACUUUUUUAUUAUUUUGUAAGAAAUGUAUACAACUUAUGUUUUAUAACCCAUCCACACAAACAUGUACAUAGCCAAUUAAUUGUUUUUUUUAAAUAUAUUUGUAAAACUCUAAUAGUGCUAGAACUUGUAAAUAAUGUACAAUUUGUAAAGCUUUUCAGAAAAAAUGUAUGUGAAAUUUCAGUAUUUUUAUGUAUAAACAGCACAGCAACAAAUGUGAAUGGUGAUACAGUAUAAUACUACCUUUUUAAGUGUCCACAGCAAACCUUUUUACGUCUGCACAAAAAAGCAAUAUAAAUGCCUGUUAAUGAUGCCAAUGAAUUUGGUUUCCAGAAUGCUAGUGAGCAAAACUGGUAAACUUUGCUUAUUUCAGGGUAGCUGCUUAGAUUUGUCCUAAGUUCUGAAAUGCAACAAUCCUCACUGGAAGUGAUUUAGGUGGACUUGAGUCUUUCCCCUCUUUGCUUGAAAUGGCAGUCUUUCCAAAACAAACUUAUUAUAUAAGGCCCAUGUAUAGUUAUUACAGUGCACAUGACAGUUAACUAAAACACUUUCAGUUUUUAUAUUAGACUCUGCACUCCAUGCACAUAUUUAAUAUUUGCUGACUGUAUGACCUGAGAUGUUGAUUUGACUUACCCAGGGUGCCUAUUUAUUUUUAUAAAUGUCCCCUUCUCAUUAUAGAUUUGUAUGAAACGGACACAUUUUGUAAUGGUAAACACAUUUAACAAGUCUUGUAACUUAAUAUAUUUUUCAGUCUUUAGAAUUAUCUUGCAAAGUUGCAUUUUUCUGCUUGUUCAAACUAUUAGAUAAAAACAUUAAACCAAUUUUGUGGCUAA